AAAUGCCGACUUGCGGGCGUGUGUGACAUUUUGAUGUAGUGUGUCUUCGAUGAUUUUCGUUAUGUAUCGAUUUAAUACAUAGAUAUUUGUGAUAAAUGGAGUAUACCGAAAAUAGUUCUACAAAUCCUCUAUAAGAUAGUAGAAAGAUAUGGAUGCUUCAGUGAUAGAAGUUCUUCAACAAGCGGGUAGUCAAGAUCCUAAUAUUUUAAAACCUGCUGAACAAACACUAAAACAGUGGGAAACUGAAAGAGGAUUCUAUACUGCAUUAUUCAAUGUAUUUUCUAAUCAUUCCUUGAGUGUCAAUAUUAGGUGGAUGGCUAUUUUGUAUUUCAAAAAUGGUGUUGAUAGAUAUUGGAGAAAGAAUGCACCAAAUGCAAUUGCAGAGGAUGAGAAGGAAUUCCUUAGACAACGUUUAAUAGCAAAUUUUGAGGAACCUAUAAAUCAAUUAGCUGUACAAUUGGCAGCUUUGAUUGCUAAAAUUGCAAGAUACGAUUGCCCUAGAGAAUGGGAUACAUUAAUUCCAACGUUAUUGGAUGUCAUAAGAGGACAAAAUCCUUUAGCCCAACAUCGGGCGCUGUUAACAUUACACCAUGUUGUUAAGUCUUUAGCUUCUAAAUGUUUAGCUGCAGACAGACGACUUUUUCAAGAAUUAACCAGUAAUGUGUUCAAUUUUAUUCUGAAUUUAUGGAACACUUACACGGAAUCAUUUCUAAUAAUGGCAUCAAACGGAGCAGACUCGAAUCAGAUACAAGAAGUUUUAGAAAAAGCAUUACUCUUAUUGAGAAUACUUAGGAAACUUAUUGUACAUGGAUUUCUUUCACUUUCAAAAUCUCAAGAUGCUAUAUUAUUCUUAGAAGUUAUUUUUGAACGUGCAAGAACCUGCCUUGAGUGUCGAAAAACGUUAAUCUCAAGAGGUUUACAAUUGGAAGUAUGUGACAAAUUUAUAAUCCACUUGACCAAAGUAUUAAUGGGAGUGUUAGAAAUGCAUUCGUGUUACUACAUUGAAUUGAUACCAACGUCCUUAGAAUUUUGUGUUUUUUACUGCUUUACCGAGGCUGGUCAAAGUUUAGCUUUUGAGAGAUUUACUAUUCAGUGUUUAAAUUUGAUAAAAGCUAUGCUAACUCAUUUUCUUCGAAGUGGUAGACGUAGCAAUCCGUCAGAUCCAAUACAACGACGUGAUCGUCUAGUAGAAGACCCAAUGGAUAGAGCACAUCAGUUAAAACAAAAAUUUUUUACACCUGAAAUGUUAACAGAAAUUUGUUCAAGACUUGUAACACAUUAUUUUCUUUUAACACCUUCUGAUUUGGAAUUAUGGGAUACAGACCCAGAAAAUUUUUUUGUUGAUGAUGGUGGUGAAUCAUGGAAAUACAGUUUGAGGCCGUGUACAGUGUCUGUAUUUUUAGCAUUUUUCCACCAGUUUAAAGAGGUUUGUGCAUCGGUUUUGGUUGAGUUGAUGCAAAGACAUCAUCAACCUGUUGAUCCAAAUAAUUUGCAUGCUAUUCUAUUAAAAGAUGCAGUAUAUAAUGCUGUUGGUUUGGCUGCUUUCGAUUUAUAUGACGAGGUAAACUUUGAUCAGUGGUUUUCAACUACUUUGAAAGAAGAAUUGAAAAUUCGAAGUAACAAUUACAGAAUUAUUAGAAGACGCGUAUGUUGGCUUAUUGGUCGAUGGACAAGUGUUAAAUUAAGUGCAGAAUUGAGACCAGAAUUAUAUGAACUUAUGGUUGAAGUUUUAAGUCCAGAUGAAGACUUAGGUGUUCGUUUAGCAGCAAGUGAUGCCUUAAAACUCGCGAUAGACGAUUUUCAAUUUAAUCCAGAAGAAUUCUCUCCAUAUUUAGAGUCAGCAUUUUCAUUAUUGUUUUCUCUAUUGAAAGAAGUAAAAGAAUGCGAUACUAAGGUGCAUGUUUUAUACGUGCUAUCAUUUAUGAUUGAACGUACUGGUAGCGAGAUAAACCCAUAUGUUGGAGUUCUCAGUUCAUAUUUACCAACUCUUUGGCAGCAAUCUGAAGAAUAUAAUUUGUUGAGAUGUGCUAUAAUUACUACACUCAUACAUUUAGAGAAGGCAUUAGGUCCUGGAAGUGUCAUCUUAGAACCAUUGAUAGUAGGUGUCGUCGCAUUUAGUUGUGACGUUAAUCAAGAUGAUCAUGUUUAUUUGUUAGAAGAUGGAUUAUGGUUAUGGUUAGCUUUGUUGCAAAAUGCACCUGUGGCAACACCAGCUAUAAUGGAUUUGGCUAGAAAUAUGCCUGCAUUACUGGAACAAUCUACAGAACAUUUAACAUUAUGUUUAUAUGUAGUUCAAGCAUAUAUAAUAUUAAAUCCGCAAGAAUUUUUAAGUCAAAGGGGAGCAGUUAUAGUUGAGACGCUUAGGUCAAUCAUGGGAGAUUUAAGAGUAGAUGGAUUAUUAUUGACUUUAGUAGUAUUUGAAACGUGUAUGCGUGCUUCUCCUCGGCAAGGUGCACAGCUUAUUAAACCUGUGUUAAUAAAUAUAUUUGAACGCGUAUAUAAGUCAGAUGAUGAUGAAAUAGUGAAAACUAUGUAUUUGUCUAUCGUGGCAAGAGUUUUAUGGCUCCAUAAAGAUAUUUUUAUACAGAUAAUAAGUGAAUUAACCAGAAAAAUGGGUGGAAACGAAGAAAAAGAAGAAGCUGUACUCGGACAAAUAAUAAGUGCAUGGGUUAAUCAAAGACAAAUGACGAGUCGUCUGGAUAGAUGUAAAUUAUUUGCUCUUGCACUCUGCUCGCUCCUCGAAGCUAAUUGUCCUCCUAGUGUUCUUGAACAUUUUCCACAAAUAAUAUCUAAGAUUGUCGAAACUCUUAAUGAUAUAACCACACAUGAUAAUAUAGAAUAUGAAUGUAUAGGAUUUGCCAUUAACUCUUUGUCGAUUACUGAACAAUCUAGUCUACAACAAUACGAGGAUGAAGAUUAUGGAAGUGAACAUGAACGUCGAAAAAGAAGAUUUGAUAUCAGUGAUCCUGUGCUCUGUACCUCUUUAAAAAAUACAUUACAAAAUCAGUUACUUACGUUACGAAGAUUAGUUGGCGAUAAUCAGUUUAAUCAAUUGAUGUCAACUCUUAACCCUGAAAUUGACGAGCAACUUAAGUGUUAUGUAUCUCUAUGAAAAAGAAGCAAGUCAAAUUAAGAAAACAGAUGAUUCAGUCAAAUGCUGUAUUACGUGUAAAAAUGCUUUACGGCGCGCUAUUGUAAAACGGCACUAUCUUAUUGUAUAAUACUAGCUGUUUCACUGUACUAAUAAUGUUGAUAAUAAAAA